CGCUAUUUCCUGUAAAAUUUCGAGAAGAGAGCGAAGUGUCCUCUGUCCUGUGUUUACUUUGUUGUUAACUGGUUAUGACUAUUUGUUAAUCUCAAUUCCACGUGUAUGGACAACAGAACGAGAAAAAGAAUCAGAGACGCCAAAUCUAAAGCCAGGCCGGAGCUUGAAAACAUCACCAAUGGAUGGGAACAGUUUCAUUACGCACAAACAUUUGACUUGAGCCACUCUUCAGUGCAUGAUAAUGUUGAAAGAAUAGAUGCCAGGUUCAUAUCCAAAGAGGAGUUUAUUGAGAAGUAUGAGCGCCUCUACAAGCCAGUGGUCAUAACUAAUGCACAGAUAGAGUGGGGAGCCGUCAAAAAAUGGAGUGAGAGGAGGCUAGCCAAGAAGUACCGUAACCAGCGGUUUAAGUGUGGGGAGGAUGAUGAGGGGUACUCGGUCAAGCUGAAGAUGAAGUACUUUGUGGAGUACAUGAGUGACAACAAGGAUGACAGCCCCCUCUAUAUCUUUGAUAGUAGUUAUGGGGAGCAUCACAAACGAAGGAAGCUACUGGAGGACUAUGCUGUGCCCGACUACUUCACUGAUGAUCUUUUCCAGUUCGCUGGGGAAAGACGACGUCCUCCAUACCGCUGGUUUGUGAUGGGACCUGCACGUUCUGGGACUGGCAUACACAUCGACCCUCUAGGAACCAGUGCUUGGAAUGCCCUUGUUUCAGGACACAAGAGAUGGUGCUUACUGCCAACAAAUACCCCCAAAGAACUGGUGAAACCCCGGCCUGGGGAGGGAGGGAAGCAGAGAGAUGAGGCUGUGUCCUGGUUCAAGUAUGUGUACCCACGAGUCAAGGAUCCAUCCUGGCCAAAGGAGUAUGCCCCAUUGGAGAUUCUUCAGGGACCAGGAGAGACUGUGUUUGUGCCCGGGGGAUGGUGGCAUGUGGUUCUGAAUUUGGACAGUACAAUAGCUGUCACCCAGAACUUUUGUAGUGUUGUGAAUUUUCCAAUUGUUUGGCACAAAACAGUGAGAGGAAGACCUAAGCUGUCCAAAAAGUGGUACAAGGUUCUCAAGAAGGAGCGUUCUGAUGUGGCAGCCAUAGCGGAUAAAGUAGAUCUGAACAAACCGACCGGCUUCAACUCGGACAGUUCAAGUUCUGGGUCAUCUAGCUCGAGUUCCAGUGAGUGCAGCACCUGUGAGAGCUCAGACUCAGAGGACGAUUCUCAAAAGUCCAAAAGUAAAAGAAGGAAAACCAGCAAGCAGAGAUCGAUGACUCCCAAUGGUGGGCGUCGCCGUCGUCAUUCGUCUUCUUCCUCGAGUGACGAAAAACACAGUCACCGCAGCAUUUCCAGUACUCCAAAGAACUGUAGAUGACACCCAGGGAACUAGCAUCCUUACUUAGAUCCACAAUUACAGGAACUCUAGCAUCAAAUGGCAAAACCAACACACUGACAUUUUAGAUAGAUUUCUAAAAGAGGUACUUUAUGUCCAAUCAAAAACGAUAAUCUUAAAAAACAAAAUUGUGUAUCGCAAUACUUUUGCUCUUCCAUUAAUGUCCUUUUUCUUGUGGAUUGAAUGUGUUAAAGGAGGGUUGGAGGUCAGCUUUCAGUCCACACAAUCAUCCUUAAGCUUACUUAAAAUUACUGCAUUGUUUUCAACUGUUACCAUAACGUAGUAAAAAUCAUUUGCUUUUUGUUGAAUAGUCAAUUUUGUUCUACAUCAUAUAUACCAGUUGUUAAAAACAAUCAUGAAACUCAUUAUUUGCUUGUAGAAAUUUACUAUAGAAUGGAUGAACUGCCCAGCGAUGUUAACAUAAACAAAACUUUUUCUUAGCAUUAACUGGCUUCAAGCUAAAUUAUCUAUUGUCUGCUGUCAGCUGUUAAACCAAAGCCACAAGUAGUGUUCAUUCUUGUUAACCUUUAUCAGAUUUAUGACUUCUCUCACACUAAAGCUUCUGUUCAUUAUAAUAUUUGAAAUACAAUGUAUAUAUGUAAUAUGUGGUUUCUCUAUUUAUAUAGAAAUGUGCAUUAUAUGAUCUUUGAUUUUUAUCACUACAGAAGGGCUUUUUUUGUUUGGAAUUUUUUAUUAAUGAAAUCAUAAUGAAUUACGAUGAUUCCAUUUGUAGAGUUGUCAGGAAUAUCUUAGUUUGUAUCAGUUAUUAUAGUAGGAAUCAUGCAAUGGUUUUCUGAUUCAGUUUAUUGAAUUUUUUUUCUUUUUAAUAAAAAAAAUGUUGCAAAUAUGUUCAGGAAGAGUGCCGGAUUAGAUUUAGUGGGAAAAGGACAUGUCAACAAAAACCCAUUACUGAAGGAAGAAUGUGCUUAAAUAUCAUUUUAUACAUUUAAUACUUUAUAUAAAAAAUGCAUUAUUUGAAUCAAUACAUCAGAGUUUUGUAUUUUGCAGUGAAUGAAACCUAUAAUGACAUCAGUGUUUGUUUGUAAAGAAGUUGGUCAUGUUUAUAACUUAUUUUUUCCAUGAUUAAAGGAUUGUUGGCAUUGAU